AGUCUUGGGGCGGAAAGGGGUGUGUCAAUGGGAUGGCUCUGAGGGUAAAGGUAUCUUGUGCCAAGUGAAGAAAGAAUCAACACCUGUCCGUUAUCCACUGGCUUCCGUGCACCGUCACACAUCUACAUAAUAUGAAUGCGAUUUAAGCCAGGAAUAGUGAUGCAGGCCUUUAAUUCCAUCAUUCAGAAGGCAGAGGCAAAUGGAUUUCUAUUAACAGAAUAAAACAAAAAAUCAAAUCAAGGCGGAUGACGGAGCUUGGGUUUUGCCGGGCCAUUCCCUGAUACAAAUUUGGAGGAUCGGAAUCCGGAGGAAGUUGCCCCUCACAAUCAUGGCGGAUGACGGAGCCCAGGAUCUUCAGAGCGGAAGCUGCCCUUCACAAUCAUGGCGGCCAGGGCGGGGUCGAGCUUCCCUGGAUGUGAGAAAAGGGGCUGGGCGCGGAAAACAGGCGAUCAUGUGACUGGGAAGAUGGCCGUCUUUCCCUGGCAUUCCCGGAACAGGAACUACAAGGCGGAGCUGGCGUCUUGCAGGUUGGAGACAGUGCCUCUGGAGUGUGGGGACUACCACCCACUGAAGCCCAUCACUGUCACCGAGUCAAAGACAAAGAAAGUGAACCGGAAAGGAAGCACUUCAUCCACGUCCUCCUCCUCUUCCAGCUCUGUGGUCGAUCCUCUGAGCAGCGUCCUCGAUGGCACCGACCCGCUAUCCAUGUUUGCAGCCACCUCGGACCCGGCAGCCACAGUAACAGUCACAGACAGCUCCAGAAAGAAACGUGAUAAGGAUGAGAACUCCUUCGUGGGACCUGAUUUUGAGCCCUGGUCCAGCAAACGGGGAGAAAUCCUUGCCCGGUACACGACUACGGAGAAGCUGUCUAUUAAUCUGUUUAUGGGAUCAGAAAAAGGCAGAGCUGGGGCUGCAGCUUCUGCCAUGUCGGAGAAGGUUCGGACACGUCUAGAAGAGCUGGAUGACUUUGAGGAGGGAUCCCAGAAGGAGCUGUUGAACCUAACCCAGCAGGAUUAUGUGAACCGUAUAGAGGAGCUCAACCAGUCUCUGAAGGAUGCCUGGGCCUCGGACCAGAAAGUGAAAGCUCUGAAGAUUGUCAUCCAGUGUUCAAAGCUGCUGUCAGACACGAGCGUUAUUCAGUUCUACCCAAGCAAAUUUGUUCUCAUCACCGACAUCCUUGAUACGUUUGGAAAGCUGGUCUAUGAGCGCAUCUACUCCAUGUGUGUGGACGGCCGCAGCACCUUGCCAGAUCAUUUCUCCCCAGAGAAUGUGAAUGACACGGCCAAGGAGACAUGCCUGAAUUGGUUUUUCAAGAUUGCUUCCAUCCGGGAGCUCAUUCCGAGAUUUUACGUGGAAGCAUCCAUCCUGAAGUGUAACAGAUUCCUCUCCAAAACGGGGAUUUCAGAGUGCCUGCCCCGACUAACCAGCAUGAUCAGAGGGAUUGGGGACCCACUGGUGUCCGUGUACGCCCGGGCCUACCUGUGUCGGGUGGGGAUGGAAGUGGCCCCGCACCUCAAGGAGAGCCUCAAUAAGAACUUCUUUGACUUCCUGCUUACAUUUAAACAGAUUCAUGGAGACACUGUCCAGAACCAGCUGGUGGCCCAGGGUGUGGAGCUGCUGUCCUAUCUCCCUCUGUACUCGCCUGCCAUGGGCUGGAUCUUCCAGUGUGUCUCCUACCAUGCUCCUGAGGCUUUGCUGACGGAGAUGAUGGAAAGAUGUAAGAAACUAGGGAACAAUGCUUUGCUCUUGAACUCCGUGAUGUCAGCUUUCAGGGCUGAGUUCAUUGCCACCAGGUCUAUGGACUUCAUCAGCAUGAUUAAAGAGUGUGACGAGUCUGGCUUCCCCAAGCAUCUCCUGUUUCGCUCACUGGGGUUAAACUUGGCCUUGGCUGAUCCUCCUGAGAGCGAUCGCCUCCAGAUUCUCAAUGAAGCUUGGAAAGUCAUCACUAAACUGAAGAGUCCCCAGGACUACAUUAAUUGUGCCGAGGUUUGGGUAGAGUACACCUGCAGGCAUUUCACGAAACGAGAAGUUAACACUGUUCUGGCUGAUGUCAUCAAGCACAUGACUCCGGAUCGAGCAUUUGAGGACUCCUACCCCCAGCUUCAGUCAAUAAUUAAGAAAGUCAUCGCCCACUUCCACGAUUUCUCAGUUCUUUUCUCAGUGGAAAAGUUUCUACCAUUUCUGGACAUGUUCCAGAAAGAGAGUGUGAGGGUGGAGGUUUGCAAGUGCAUCAUGGAAGCCUUUAUCAAGCACCAGCAGGAACCAACCAAGGACCCUGUCAUCCUCAAUGCCCUUUUGCACAUUUGCAAGACUAUGCACGACUCUGUGAACGCUCUCACUCUUGAGGAUGAGAAAAGGAUGCUGGCCCAUUUAAUCAAUGGAUUUAUAAAAAUGGUGUCCUUUGGCCGUGAUUUUGAACAGCAGCUCAGCUUUUACGUCGAGUCCAGGUCGAUGUUUUGCAACCUGGAACCUGUUCUUGUGCAGUUGAUUCAUAGUGUGAACCGGUUGGCAAUGGAAACAAGGAAAGUCAUGAAGGGAAACCACUCCAGAAAGACGGCUGCGUUUGUCCGGGCCUGUGUUGCCUACUGCUUCAUCACCAUCCCGUCCCUGGUGGGAAUCUUCACCCGCCUCAACCUCUACCUGCAUUCCGGUCAGGUUGCCUUGGCCAACCAGUGCCUCUCCCAAGCCGAUGCUUUUUUCAAAGCCGCCAUCAGCCUUGUUCCGGAAGUCCCAAAGACAAUAAGCAUUGAUGGGAAGCUUCGACCAUCGGAGCCUUUCCUCCUGGAAUUCCUGUGCAAUUUCUUCUCUACCUUAUUGAUUGUGCCGGAUCAUCCAGAACACGGAGUCCUAUUUCUGGUUCGAGAACUUCUCAAUGUGAUCCAGGACUACACCUGGGAGGACAGCAGUGAUGACAAAAUCCGAAUCUACACCUCUGUCCUGCACCUGCUGUCUGCCAUGAGCCAGGACACCUACCUUUACCACAUAGACAAAGUUGACUCCAAUGACAGCCUGUACGGGGGAGACUCCAAGUUCUUGGCUGAGAACAGCAAGCUGUGUGAGGCAGUGAUGGCUCAGAUCCUGGAGCACCUGAAAACCCUGGCCAAGGACGAGGCCCUGAAGCGACAGAGCUUGCUGGGCCUCUCCUUCUUCAAUAGCAUCCUAGCCCACGGGGACCUUCGUAACAACAAGCUGAAUCAACUUUCUGUCAACCUGUGGCACCUGGCACAGAGACAUGGCUGUGCAGACACAAGGACCAUGGUGAAAACUCUGGACUACAUCAAGAAGCGAAGCAAGCAACCCGACAUGAGCCAUCUGUCAGAGCUGGCCCUGAGGCUCCCUCUGCAAACCAGGACCUGAGAACUUGCCCCUUCUUGAGCCCCAGUGCCACAUCCUGGAAGAUCUGCUUGGCUACCAUUAACCCUUCCUGGAAUUUAGAGGUUUUGUUCUUUUUACUUUUAUACAGAUUGGUUUUAAGCUUUUGCCUUCUACUUGGCUAUUUGACAGCAGAAGGGGAAUUGACAGAGCAUUAAAACCCAGUCUUGUUCUUUA